UGUCACGAUUUCUUUCAAAAUUCAAAGUCAAAUUUGAAAUUUCAAUUGUUUAAUUUUUGAGCGGCUCGAAAACGCUUGCUACAACAAAUAAAUUAUCUCCAUUACUCGUUAUAAAUUCGUAAAAAAAUAAAUUUGAAAACAUGGCUUCGUUAGCAGCCGCUCAAGUGCAGGAAGUGCGGUCCAUAACGCGUAUAGAACGAAUAGGGGCGCAUUCUCACAUUCGCGGCCUAGGACUCGACGAUGCCCUGGAACCGAGGGCAGUGUCUCAGGGCAUGGUGGGGCAGAAGAUGGCGAGGAAGGCCGCUGGUGUGGUGCUACAGAUGAUUCGAGAAGGUAAAAUAGCGGGAAGAGCAGUGCUUCUAGCAGGCCAGCCCGGGACAGGCAAGACAGCUAUCGCCAUGGGUUUAGCACAGGCAUUGGGCCCCGACACACCUUUCACUAGCAUGGCUGGUUCAGAAAUAUAUUCUUUGGAAAUGAGCAAAACUGAAGCACUAACGCAAGCUAUAAGGAAGUCUAUUGGCAUCAGAAUUAAGGAGGAAUCAGAAAUAAUAGAGGGGGAGGUUGUUGAGGUGAUUGUAGAGAGGGCUGCGGGGGGAGGUGGGGCCAGGACGGGCCGACUCACCCUCAAGACUACAGACAUGGAGACCAACUAUGAUAUGGGCACGAAGAUGAUAGACUCACUGCUUAAAGAGAAGGUUCAAGCGGGCGAUGUAAUCACCAUAGACAAAGCGACGGGCAAAAUCAACAAGCUGGGACGAAGCUUCGCGCGAGCGAGAGAUUAUGACGCUACUGGUCAGCAAGCUCGCUUCGUACAAUGCCCUGAAGGCGAGCUGCAGAAACGCAAGGAAGUCGUCCACACCGUCACUCUCCAUGAAGUGGACGUGAUCAACUCGCGAACUCAUGGCUUCCUGGCGCUGUUCUCUGGUGAUACGGGGGAGAUCAAAGCGGAGAUCAGAGAGCAGAUUAGCGGGAAGCUGCAGGAGUGGCGCGAGGAAGGCAAAGCGGAGAUGAUACCCGGGGUGCUGUUCAUUGAUGAGGCCCACAUGCUGGACAUCGAAUGCUUCUCUUUCCUGAACCGCGCGUUAGAAUCGGAAACCGCACCGGUCGUGAUAAUGGCCACCAACCGCGGCAUCACGCGGAUCCGCGGCACCGAUUACCGCAGCCCGCACGGCAUCCCGCUAGACCUGCUCGACCGCAUGAUUAUAGUGCCCACCUCGCCGUACUCCCACCAGGAGCUCAGAGAAAUACUGAAUAUCAGAUGCGAGGAAGAGGACUGUCAGAUGUCGGGCGACGCUUUGACAGUGUUGACGCGAGUGGCGACGGAAACAUCGUUACGGUACGCCAUACAACUGAUCACCACGGCUUCACUCGUCGCCAAGCGGAGAAAGGCGGCAGAGGUGAGCAUGGAAGACGUAAAGAAGGUAUAUUCCCUAUUCCUGGACGAGCAUCGUUCGGAGCAGUUCCUCAAAGAGUACCAGGACGAGUUCAUGUUCUCUGAUGGAUCAGGAGAUGGAUCACAGUUCAUGGAAGUUUCACAGUGAAAAAAAAAAACUUUAAAAAAAGAGACAAUUAUUCCAAUAAAGCUUUACUUUGUGAUUUUUGGGAGGAGUAACAUUUAAGUUUGCCGAAGGUACAUUUAUGUUAAGGUUAAAAUAAGUAUGCCACUGUAAGUUUUGUAAUAAAUAUAGAAUAUUGAUGAAAA